AUGGUGCCAAUACCGGAUUUUCCCCCAACGGAUGUCAAACAGCCGAAUUCGAACUCACCUGUACGUCUCGUGCAGCACACUGAUUACCUGGAGCAGCUGGAGCAGCUGGAGCAAUCGAAUAUUCUCCGUGUUCCAAUGGUGGAGAGUAUGACGAACAAGCUGGUCAAGGGAAGAGAAAGAGAAGAAGAGGCGGGGGUUGUGGGUGAUUUGCGAUCGCGGAGUGAGCAGGGAGAGAACCAGGCGCGCGCGUGGACUGGCGAUAGCGUCUGGGGGGAAGUAGAUGCGCACGAGGCAAAGUGGGACUGGAAAUUGGAACGAGCCCGUGCCCACAAAAGGAAGAGCCACUGGACUGGCGCGGACAGUAAAAGGGGGCGCUUGCAGAGAACGUGGGAGAGUCGCACCGCACCCGGUAGCCGCAAGGGUGGAAGGAAUGUGUCUGAAAAGGUUAAUUUUCCGGAACCGUGGGGAAGAGUUAGAAGGAAAGAAGGCGGAACAAUCGGAAGGGACUUUCGAAGCGACAGAAAGAGAGACAAAAAGAGCGAGGAAAAUGAAGGGAAAGGGGGGUCUCUGUGUGUGAAGGAGCAAGAAGGGAGAAGAGAGCGGACGGUGGGACUGGUGGAAAAGGAGGGUGGUUCUGGCCCGAGGGAAAGAACGGGGGAUACGAUAAUCUCGGUCAAGUGA